AUGGCGCUGGGGAUGGGAACGACGAUCGAAGAGGAGGGGAGAGACGUCGAUGUAGAUGCCUGGAAGCAGAAGAUCGCCAUGGUCAACGGGUCGCGAUGCUUCGUGGAGAUCAUACAACCCAAUGACAGUCCCUGGCUACCAACCCUGUUCUUCCUCGGAGACGAUCUCGACUUCCGUUUCCGUGUGAGCUGUGAUGUGGAUGGCAGCAAGAAGGACCCCCCUUCCUCUCAGCAGCCCGUGGAGCCUUCGCACCACCUCCUCGGCGUGUCUGGGACUUUGUUCAUCGACGGCGAUCCCAUGGCCAACUUUUCUUUUUCUCGACCGUUCGAGGAGAAUCCGUGGUUGGAUCGAACGAUCUCGUUUGAGAUAACUCAGUGGUACGAAACAAACAUUGUGAUAGAGAGGAAGACCUCGAGUAGCGUGCAUACACAAGAACCUACAUCGGAGCAAUGUCAGAAGGAUGUAGACGAAGGGACUUGGGAAAUGAAAUACCUGUUAUCAUCUCGGACGCUCUCGAUAGGGAACAAGCAUAUCGCGCAACUCCAAGAGGACGGAGCAACUUUGCUCUAUCCUAGUUAUGGUCAGAGAGUCGUAGAAGGGGAGCCCGUAGAGGUCCAGAUGGCCCUGAAUCGGCAGACCUUCACCUCCACUUCUCUAUCGGUCAAGGUUGUUGUCGGGCUAGAAAGAUCCUUUCAGGCUUCACCAGAGCUGAAACUUCCAGCCCUUGGCAGCCCAGACAAAGCUCUGCUCCAGGUGACGGUGGCGUACCUCCCGAAAGCUGGGCUGCUUCCAUUCCGUGUGGAGGUCGAGACGCUUCAAGACGGAAUCAUAGCUGUUGUUCGGAGUUUCGUCAAGGUUGUAGCCAAGCAGGAUAUUCAAGGUGGGCAAGAGCAGGACAGGACGGAGACAGGGCCGGAGGGUCUGAGAACUAUCGACACUACCACUCACCUCGUCCCUGAAGUUGACACCUCCAUGUUCUGCUCCCGGAAGGACUCGUUCAACGUGGGACACACUCUUGAUGACUGGCACAAGCAGCGAGGAGACGAAACUUUCCGAAUCCUCUCGUACCGAGACCAACUCGACGAGCAUAGCAUCGUCGUGGACGUCGGAGCGCAUGCCGGCGACUGGUCUUCCAGCAUCUUCACUCGCUUCCGCUGCCAGGUGCACGCGUUCGAGCCCCUUCCGCGCCAUGCGGCGAUGUUCGAGGAGAGGACGCAGCACGUGCGGCCCCGGGUUCAGCUGCACAGGAAGGCGAUUUCGACCAAGGGCGGGCGGAUGAAGAUGCUGGACAAAGGGGUCGGGAGUCACUUGCUGUCGGAGGGCUCGCAAGUGGAGGAGGAGGAGGAGGAGGAGGAGGAGAUGAGGGUCCUGAGCGUCGACAGUCUCUUCGACGAGCUUGACGUCCGUCGGGUCGACCUGCUCAAGUUCAACGUGGAGGGAGAAGAGUUCGACCUGCUGGCGAGGCUGCUGGACCUCAACAUGAUGGACAGGAUCAGAAACCUUCAGGUUCAGUUUCAUCACGGGCUGACGCGAGCUGAUGAGCUCCGGCAGCUCCGCGCGCGGCUCAACGAGACUCAUUGCCUGACUUUCUGGUUCAGCUCGGCCUGGGAGAAUUGGCGAUCCCGAUAG